AAGCGGGCGGCGGCGGCGGGCGGCUCCUCAUGGAGCGCUGCGCACCGCCGCCGCCGGGUUUCGUGACACCCGCGCCUCUCCCGGGACCGUCAAUGCGCGCCGUGGUGCUGCUCGCCGCGCUGGCCGCGCUCGCAGCGUGCCGGCUUGCCGCCGCCGCCUCGGCCAACGCCACGGAGCCGGAGCGGCGCGGAGGGCCUGGCCCGCGGGAGCCCCUGGCCCGCGAAGGCGAGGCGGUGUCAAGCCCCGACUACGAGGAGGAUGAGGAGGAGUAUGAAGAGGCGGCGCCCGUCCACCAGUACAUCGUGGACGACUUGAUCCGAGUUGAACCGGUGGUUAAGCCCAAGCCAACAAAGAGGGAUGGUGAGAAGAAUGCUGGCAAAUCAAGGAGAAAGAAAAACAAAGGGAAAAACAAAAAGAAAGGGACUCCAUGUGAAAUGGAAUACAAAAACUUUUGCAUCCAUGGUGAAUGUGUGUAUCUAGAACAUCUCCAGAUGGUGACCUGCAAGUGUCAUCAGGAUUUCUUUGGCGAGCGCUGUGGUGAACAGUUCAUGAAGACUCAGAGGAAGAAUGAUGUGGCAGACUACUCAAAGACUGUGUUGGUGGUGGUAGCUGUUCUGCUUUCAGGCGUCAGCUUCAUUACUGUGCUUAUCAUUGUGAUAGUGCAGGUCAGGAAAAAGUGUCCUCAGUAUGAAGAAAAAGAAGAAAGGAAAAAACUUCGACAAGAAAACAGGAAUGGCCAUGUUGGUGUGUAAAUGAGGAGAAAGCAGAAAAAUUCUGAUGUGGCCACUGCCAAGCUGCAGGGUACCUCUGGCUACCUGACAUUCCCCCGGACACUGGGCUGGAGCUGUUGCCAUUAAGCCCUGAUUCAUCAAGACAGAGGCUGCUGCAAGUAGAUGUUGCACGUGUCACUUGCUGCUGAGUAACUUGCUGGGGAAGACAGUUACUGCUACAUCUUGGCACAAAAAUAUGCAAGGAGCUGCCACUAUGGAGUAGAGGACUUGCUAUCAAGACCUGCUAGAGACUACUGCUACUGAGCCCUAUCUGAUCAGUGCUGGAACUUCAGUUUCUGCUGUUAUGUGGAUGGACUUUCUUCUGGUUGCACGUCUCCUUUGGCAGCUUUGAAUCCAUGGGAGACAAUUUGCUGUGGCUUUCAGGAACAUGCAAGGUGGUGGGGAGAAACUUUUCUUGCUUCUCCCUGAAGUUAGAGAACGAGCUCUGGAUAGCUUCUCCCACUAGACCUCAGUGGGCAAAACCUAAUUUUGCUUUUGCUAAGCUCCCUGUUGGUAUUGGCUUCAAAGAACUUCAUCUCUAGUUAUGACUUGAAGGGUGUUGGUGACAGAUCUUUGUCAGCCACACCUGGGUUCUGUUACUGUACAUGUGGAAAGUAAUCCCUCUGAAAUCAGUAGGACUUACUUUGAGUGGAGCUAUCCAUUUGCCUGUGUGCUAACCUGGGUUAAAACUAGUCUUCUCAGGAUGCUGAGACAAUAAAUAUGAAAUCUGAAGCCUUGUAUCUGAAGGAAAAAAUCCAUGUUCAAACUGAUAAGCCAGGACACUAGUGUGAAAGCAUCUAUCAAUUAGCAAUGAGCACUAAGCUACUUCUGUUAUCUAGAUACUCCAUGUUGCUUUGAGCAGCACUUGAAGUAAGAGAAUACUUUGAAUCUGUCAGUUGAACUUGACCAAGAACCUGUUUCUCUGAAGAACUAAAUUGAUGUACUGAUACUCUGCAAGUAGUGGUCUGUUGUGCUCUACCUGCUGGUGCAAAGAACUCUACUUCAGACCCUUUUGGCCUAAGUGUCCUUAGUUUCUUGAACUGUCCAUGCAAUCUUGAGCAUCAAGUAUUGAGUUCAGUUUCUUCUUGGAAGAACGUGCUCUGUUUAAACAGAGCAGAAUUCUUGUUAGCAGAGCAACACCAUUAAAUGUCAAGUCAUAUCUGGAUAUGUGUAAAUAUUUAUUACUGUAUUUAAUAUUUAAUGUUUCCAUAAAAAACUUAUUUAUUUUCUAAUUAAACUUUUUACAUAACCUUUG